UUUUUUUUUUUCUUGAGAUCAUUGUCUUGCCCGUCCUCAGGAAUUGAGUGGUUUAAAAUGGCGACCUUUUUCCAAAGUGUUCGUCAAGGGUUUGGCAGAGGUAACAACAAGAACAACAAUAAUAAUAACACCACCAACAACAACGCGGCCCCCAAGUCUCCCGCUCCAUUGCCUGUCGCUCAAACUCCCCAAAUCUCGCCUGCUCCCAACUCUCCGUCUCUCGGUUCGCCGCUGCCAAUGGACAGCCCCGCCGCAUACGAUCCCGACGCACCCAAAUAUUUCUUUCAGGAGAAGUACGCCCCUCUGAACGUAAGGGGUAACUUUUUGACUCUCUGUGCCUGUCCAAAGAAUGUGGAGCUGGGAGAAUGGUUGGCCCAUCAGAUUGUCGAGCAGUACCGUCUGCUUCAUGCGAUGCUGCAGGUUAUCCAAGAGGUCAAUGGAGUCACUGGUCUUCCUAUUUGCAAUGAGGCCACCUGCCCAACCAUGUCUGCAGGACGAUUGACUUACACGUGGCUUGUGGAUGGUCGUGCCGCGAAGAUCUCGGCUCCCAAGUUCAUCAACCGUGUUGAAAAGUGGAUCAUCAGUAAAAUUCAUGACCCCGUCAUGUUCCCAACCGACAAGGUGGCUAAUGCCCCAGAUACCUUUGCCGUCAAUGAGGCCUCCGGGGCUGCUCCAUCCAACCCUCCAGCGAAUGCUACUGCAGAGGAGUGGAUUGGCAAGUCCAGUGGUUUCCCGCCAACUUUCUACAAAGACUGUCAGGGUAUCAUGAAACAGAUGUUCCGUUGCUACGCCCAUCUCUACCAUGCUCACUGGCUGAACCCCUUCUGGCAUAUCAACAAACAUGACAUUCUUAACAUGGCGUUCGUUCAUUUUGUGACUGUCGCCAAGUACUAUAAGCUCGUUUCCGACAAGGAGAUGGAGCCCAUGCAGCCCCUUAUCGACUUGUUUAUCAAGCAACAGCGCAUUCCGCCAGAGGCAGUCGGGGGCGGACACUGGGCGCAACAAACAUCUAGCUGAGCUAGAAAGUACACUCGUGACAUGGCUGCUUCAAGGCCUUCUUCACUCGCUUUUCGGUGACGAUUAAUUGUCUUCUAACCUGGUGUUGGAAACUUGUUUAUCUCAAUUUCUACGCAGUACAGUUUUGGCUUUUUGUUUAUGGGCCAUCUUUAACGAUAUGGGCAGAUCAACGCAGUGGACGGUACGCCCAUCGGAUCAAGACAUUGGAGCAUAUGGUAUAUUAGCAGAUAUCCUUGUUUUUUGUUGUUGGUUUACUUGUCUCCAUAUAUUCCUGCAUGUAUGCUUGAAUUAGUUUUUGAGAUCAGGGUUGCAUGUUUUUCGUCAUUAUCUACAUCUAGGCAUGAUUGUGUUCUUCAGCCUAGUCAGAUACAUAGUGCAUAGCCUUAUGGCGAAGGUUCUUCGUUGGAUGGAAGCUCUGU